AUGGCUGUGAACGUCCUUUUCUUGCUCUUUGUAUGUCUGAUUGGCAGUUGUGCUGAGGCGAAUACGUCGCUGUCCUGGUUUGACUUUUAUGACGGAAAAGCGGUGGACGGCCACAAUGAUGAAGUUAUCGGGGGCAUCGACGUGGAGGAGUGUGCCAGACGGUGUUUAGUGGGAACCGCUACUGUUCCGUCUGGAUCGUGUCGGUCGUUUGAUUAUGACAAAGGAUUCGAAGGGGGUCGCUGUAUCCUAAGUAGAUCAAACAAGGACACAGCAGUAUUGUCUGAUAGUGACCCACCGUCACGAUUUGACUACUACCACAGAAGAGACAGUACCCACUUCUGUGAUUUUGAGACAGACCUGUGUCAGUACACACAGGAUACAACAGACGACUUUAACUGGAGACGUGACUCUGAUGGUACUGUUACGGGCGACACCGGUCCAACAGGUGACCACACCACUGGCUCAGGCUACUACAUGUACAUUGAAACAUCGAGCCCACGACAGAACCCACGACGGCAGGGAGAAAUCGCCCGCCUCGUAUCUCCGACCUAUCUCUUGCAUAGCGAGAGUCAAUGUCUUAUGUUCUGGACGCACAUGUAUGGAAUACACAGAGAGGAGUGUCCUACCAGCUGUGUAGGUACGCUGAGAGUAUCUGUGACAGCUGGAGGUACGGCGACUGAGAUCUGGAGCAGAUCUGGUAACCAAGGAAACCAGUGGUUCGACGUCGCUGUGAGCAUUCCGGUCACCGGAAGUUACCAGGUCAUCUUUGAAGGGGUUACAGGAGCAAACGCACAUGGCGACAUUGCUAUAGAUGACGUCAGCAUCCUACAAGGAGCUUGCCCAGAUGUAGAUGAGUGUCUUCGGAGAGAAGGCAGGGGACCAUGUGACCAGGUCUGCACCAACACUGUGGGAAGCGGUUUGUUCUGUUCCUGUAAUGAUGGGUUUACUCUUAAUCAGGACAGUCUCAACUGCAAUGAAUCGAGGACGUCCUGGUUUGACUUUUACGACGAAAAAGUGCUGAGCAGAAACAGCGAUGAGCGGAUAGAAGGCAUUCACUUGGAGGAGUGCGCCAGACGGUGUUUAGUGGGAACCUCUACUGUUCCGUCUGGAUCGUGUCUGUCAUUUGAUUAUGACCACCAAGGCGGCGGUGCCUGUGUCCUGAGUACAGCAAACAAGGACACAUCUGGAGUAGUAUUGUCUGAUAGUGACCCACCGUCGCGAUUUGACUACUACCACAAAAGAGACAGCCCCUACUCCUGUGAUUUCGAGACAGCCAACCUGUGUCAGUACACACAGGACACGACAGACGACUUUCAAUGGACGCGUAACUCUGGUUGGACUAGGAACACCGGUCCAACAGGCGACCACACCACUGGCUCAGGGUACUACAUGUACAUCGAAGCAUCGGGACGACAACAGGGAGAUGUCGCCCGUCUCACAUCCCCAACUUAUCUUUUGUAUCGAGGCAGUCAGUGUCUUCUGUUCUGGACACAUAUGAAUGGAUAUGGCACAGGUACUUUGAGAGUAUCUGUGAAAGCUGGAGGUGCCACGACUGAGAUCUGGAGCAGAUCUGGUAACCAAGGUAACCAGUGGUUCAGCGUCGCUGUGAGCAUUCCGGUCACCGGAAGUUACCAGGUCAUCUUUGAAGGGGUCAGAGGCCUCACGUUUGCUGACAUUGCAAUAGAUGACGUCAGUAUCCUACAAGGAGCUUGCCCGGAUGUAGAUCAAUGUCUUCGGAGAGAAGGCAGGGGACCAUGUGACCAGAUCUGCACCAACACUGUGGGAGGUUUCUCCUGUUCCUGUAAUGCUGGGUUUACUCUUCAACAGGACAACCUCACCUGCAAUGAAGCGAGGACGUCCUGGUUUGACUUUUACGACGAAAAAGUGUUGAGCGGCCACAACAUUGAGCGGAUAGAGGGCAUUAACGUGGAGGAGUGCGCUGGACGAUGUUUAGUGGGAACCUCUACUGUUCCGUCUGGAUCGUGUCGGUCGUUUGAUUAUGACCACCAAGGCGGCGGUGCCUGUGUCCUGAGUACAGCAAACAAGGACACAUCUGGAGUAGUAUUGUCUGAUAGUGACCCACCGUCGCGACUUGACUACUACCACAAAAGAGACAGCCCCUACUCCUGUGAUUUCGAGACAGCCAACCUGUGUCAGUACACACAGGACAGGACAGACGACUUUGACUGGACUCGUGACUCUGGUGGUACUCCUUCAGGUUUCACCGGUCCAACAGGUGACCACACCACUGGUACCAGCUCAGGCCAAUACAUGUACAUCGAAGCAUCGGGACGACAACAGGGAGAUGUCGCCCGUCUCACAUCCCCAACUUAUCUUUUGUAUCGCGGCAGUCAGUGUCUUCUGUUCUGGACACACAUGAAUGGAUAUGGCACAGGUACUUUGAGAGUAUCUGUGAAAGCUGGAGGUGCCACGUCUGAGAUCUGGAGCAGAUCUCGUAACCAAGGUAACCAGUGGUUCAGCGUCGCUGUGAGCAUUCCGGUCACCGGAAGUUAUCAGGUCAUCUUUGAAGCGGUCAUAGGAAGUUAUUUCGAGGGUGACAUUGCAAUUGAUGACGUCAGUAUCCUGCGAGAAGCCUGUCCAGUUGCUAUUUCAGGAGUACAAUGUCCGGCACUCGCAGUUCCAGACAACGGCGUGCUGAAUGGCGGGAACUCCUAUCAGGACGUGGUCCAGUUUACCUGUAACCAUGGAUACCAGCUGAUAGGAGAUUCCAGUCGGACGUGCCAGGCUGACGGGACAUGGACUGGAGCGGCCCCGACAUGCAUCGGAGUACAAUGUCCGGCACUCGCAGUUCCAGACAACGGCGUGCUGAAUGGCGGGAACUCCUAUCAGGACGUGGUCCAGUUUACCUGUAACCAUGGAUACCAGCUGAUAGGAGAUUCCAGCCGGACGUGCCAGGCUGACGGGACAUGGAGUGGAGCAGACCCGACAUGCAUCGACGUGAACGAGUGCAACCCAAACGGAGGCCGGGGACCAUGUGCUCACACCUGCACCAACACUGUUGGAAGUUACACCUGCACAUGCAACAAUGGCCACAGUCUCGGCUCCGAUGGACAUACGUGUGACCAGGUACAAUGUCCGACACUCACAGCUCCAGAGAACGGUGCCGUGAAUGGCGGGAACUCCUAUCAGGACGUGGUCCAGUUUACAUGUAACCAUGGAUACCAGCUGAUAGGAGAUUCCAGCCGGACGUGCCAGGCUGACGGGACCUGGACUGGGGCAGACCCGACAUGCAUCGGAGUACAAUGUCCGGCAUUCACAGCUCCAGAGAACGGUGCCGUGAAUGGCGGGAACUCCUAUCAGGACGUGGUCCAGUUUACAUGUAACCAUGGAUACCAGCUGAUAGGAGAUUCCAGCCGGACGUGCCAGGCUGACGGGACAUGGACUGGAGCGGACCCAACAUGCAUCGGAGUACAAUGCCCAACACUCACAGCUCCAGAGAAUGGUGUGACAGUCGUAAACGGCGGGAACUCCUAUCAGGACGUGGUCCAGUUUACCUGUAACCAUGGAUACCAGCUGAUAGGAGAUUCCAGCCGGACGUGCCAGGCUGACGGGACAUGGACUGGAGCGGACGCGACAUGCAUCGCUCCGGACAUCGACGGUUGCUCAUCCAGUCCAUGCCUUGCCCAGGCCCGCUGCACUGACGUCCCAGCCCCGGGGACGGGAGCUACAUGUACCUGUGGGACCGGAUAUUUGGGAGAUGGACGGAAAGAUGGAAGUGGGUGUACAGACAUCGACGGAUGUUCAGUUAGCCCAUGUGUUGCCCAGGCGUCUUGUGAGGAUGUACCCGCUCCAGGUACAGGAGCUAUAUGUACCUGUCCGGAUGGUUAUGGCGGCAAUGGGCACAGAGACGGAACUGGAUGCACAGACAACGACGGAUGCUCUCCCAGCCCAUGUGUUGCCCAGGCCAUCUGUACUGAUGUCCCAGCACCAGCUGUAGAAGCUACAUGUAACUGUACGGAUGGGUACGUGGGAGAUGGACGCAAAAAUGGAACAGGAUGCACAGACAUCGAUGGUUGCUCACCCAACCCAUGUCAUGCCCAGGCCCGAUGUACUGAUAUCCCAGCCCCGGGUACAGGAGCCAGGUGUUUCUUUACGGAUAGGCUUAAGGGCAACGGCUCACAAGGAGGAACUAGCUCAACAUUCGACGACGGCGGCCAUAGAACUUCUGCCAACCAUAUCCUCAUGCCCGUUGCAGGAGUGAUUGGCCUGGGAGCAGUUUUAGCCCUACUCUUGGUGGUACUUGUUACUGCAGUGGCUGUCAACGUUGUGCUCAAACGAAGACUGGCCGGUGUAAAAUCAAAGCGUGGGGCUAACGGCACAACUAUUCAAAACAGCGCGUUUGACGACACGUACGCAGACACUAGAACCAGCCGCGCGAACAACGACGGGACAUACUGUGACGUCAUCGAUGACGACAUCACCAAACGGCGUGGUCCGGCUUAUGGUAUCAGCCAACAUGGAGUCAAUAACACAUCUGAUGUCGGUGGUGGGGAGGGGACCUAUCAGACCCUGGACCCACGCACACUUGAGACAGGAAACAAUGAAUAUCAGAAGCUUGCAAAGAACCGAGUUUUUCAGCAGUCCUAGACAUGCAUACCAUAAUACAGCAUAAAGGCCCACACUACAAUAUUUUCGUUAUUGACUAUAUCAGUUUAAUGAAGCGAUAUACUACUGUUUGAAGGAACAUACAAUAAAGGCUUAGUCUGACUUACGCAAUACAACAAAUUAACUUUAUUUCUCCUAAACACUAUUGAUCUAUUGUUUUAAAUAGAUCUAGAGAAAAUUUCAGGACAAAUAUAGGACGAAUACUGCGCUUCAUAGAAGAUGUUGAAUAUCUAACCUGACGUCGUUGCCAGUAUUCUGCUUUAGUAGAUAUAUUGGUUGCUAGCAUUCUUUCUACUUUUUAAUUUAGAUUAAGUGUAUUUAGUGAUUAUCGACUUUAAAAUAAUAAUGAUACGUUUAUUGAAAAUUCUUGCCCGAGGGCUAAUUGCAGGUACAAACAACAUGUAAAAUAAGGACUAUACAAAGGUGCUAUGAACUACAUUCUAUGACUAUGCUAUGCUAGUGUACAUUAUGCUGGUUUUGUUGGGUCAGACUUCUUCUCUUUAGGCAGUGGAAGACGAAUUUACCCACUUCUUUUAUUAUGUGUGGGUUCUUUGAUUUUAAUACAUGUAGUAGGGUUGAUUUUUCAUUGUCAGGAAUAGUUGGAAAGUAAGCGUGUAUUUUGGAUACUAGAUCUUCAUAUUACCACCUAUUAUAUAUUAACGGUUUUGCAUUAAAGGUUUUUUCACUUCAUAUGUCAUUCUCUAUCUUUUCCACAUAUCUAUUGUGUGGACAAGUAUGAUGUGAAUUUAGAUAUGCUCAUACACUGUAUCCGAACGAAUCGCCGAGUAAAAACAAUGAAACUAUGUUGACACAUUUUGAAGAGGUAAAGAACUCCCCGGCACGCACUGAUUUGAAUGUUAGCGGCCCGUUUGUCACAUCCAAUUGCACAUGUCAAUCAUAUCAAGAUCAGCAGGGAAAAAAACAUCUGUGUUUAAUUGAUUUUGAAAUGUAGAAAUAAUCAUAAAAGAAUAUAGAAAUAAGGUAAUAAUGAUAUUUGAUUACAAUACUGAAACGAUCAUGCGAGUAAUGAUGCAAUGCUUAUAUGAAAAGAUGACAUGUAAUGUGAUGAAAUGAUAUGUAAUGAUUUGAUAACCAAAAUGAAUAACGUGAGUAAUGACAUGAUAAUAUUAUAUGAGCUGUUAAGUAUACAAUGUGGCUGGUAUACUUGGAUAGGUUGAUAUUUAAGGGAGGCUCUUCUUUUUUCUG